AUGAUUUUUCAGAUAAAAAACAUCAUUAUUCGGAAGCUCACUACAAAAUACUAUGUGGAAAUAACCAAACCAUUCGAUUCGCUGAAAGAACUACUAGAGUACUAUCAAACAAAUACAGCUCAGUUGAAUAAAGCUAAAUUUAUUUUGAAAACUCCGAUCCAUCAACAACGAUGGGAAUUCCAACAUAGUGACGUACAGCUAGGAAAGCUUAUUGGAGAAGGCGCAUACGGUGAAGUACGGGAAGGAACGGUGAAAAGAAGGCAGCAAACUCUUGAAGUGGCCGUAAAGUUGACAAAAGGAACCGGAGAAAUGAGUAAAGCAAAAAUCAAAGAAAUGAUGAGAGAAGCCCGGCUUAUCCGUAAUUUUAAACAUCGAAAUAUCGUCAGAGGAGCAGCCCAAGGUGUAGAAUAUCUUCACAAGCAAAGCUGUAUACAUAUGGACUUGGCUGCAAGAAAUUGCUUAUAUUCACAGGAUAAAGUGGUGAAAAUCAGCGAUUUUGGACUGUCACGAUUAGGGGUGAACUACACGAUUCGUAGCCCACGAAAAUUGCCAAUCAAAUGGUUGGCUCCGGAAACGAUCGCUACAUUCACUUUCUCCCUGAAAACCGACGUAUUCAGCUAUGGGGUAAUGGUGUAUGAGAUAUUCACCAACGGAAAAGAACCAUGGGAUGGAUAUUCGAAUGCGGAAGUUAAGAAAGGGGUAAGCGGCUCCUCGUUGGAAGGAAAACAGUUGACAUUGCCUGAUUCCUGUCCAGAGGAAUUUCGAAAUUUUGUCAGAGAUCGAGUAUACGUGAAGGACCCUUCAGCUAGAGCUACCAUGACCGAGGGCGCCGACAACGAAAAGUCCGUUUUCGAAAGGUUCGUGGCUGAAAGCCCACCUAAAGUGAAAGUCGAUGCUAGGACUGGUGGCGGUGAUGACAUGAAGGAAUCAAAGGAGGCAGCUGAAGGGGCAGAUAAAAUGAAAUUCAAGAAGUCGAAAGGCUUUCACCGUAAACCAACGUCUCGUCGAAGAUGA